AUGUCGAGAGUUUUUUCAGUCGUUUGUGUUUUGCUCGCUAUGUCAUUUCUCCAUGCAAGUGCUCGUCAAGUGCCGAGUGAGUUUGACGAGGACAAGACGAUGACACGUGACGAUACAACAACAACCCUCGUGCAUGCAAGUGCAGCUGGUAAGUUACCAACAAAAAGCAUCGGUGACAAAAAAUGCAUCGGAGCGGUAGGAGGAGUCGGUGGAUUCGCCGGAGUUGGUGGCUACGCCGGCGUGGGAGGUCUAGGAAUUCCACUCAUCGGCGGUAUCGGUAAAUACGGUGGCAUAGGCGGUGCAGCUGGAAUUGGUGGCUUCAAGGGUCUAGGGGGUGGUAUAGGCGGUGCAGGAGCCGGUAUCGGCGGUGCUGGAGGUCUUGGUGGAGCUGGAGGUGGAAUUGGUGGUGGUAUUGGUAAAGCAGGUGGUAUUGGCGGUGUUGGUGGUCUAGGCGGAACCGGAGGUGGCUUAGGCGGUCUAGGCGGAGUGGGUGGUGGUGGUAUUGGUAAAGCAGGUGGUAUUGGUGGUGUUGGUGGUAUCGGCGGUGGACACGGCGUGGUCGGUGGCGUUGGCGGUGGGCUCGUUCCACAUCCUUAA